AUGGUUGGACUUCCUGAGCUUGAGAGACUGCAGCAGCAACCCGCUGGGGCCACGAUGUCUGCGAGCAGUGGUGCGGUGUGCGUCGAGCUGUCCGCUAUCAGCAUACGAUUCACCAAUCAGCAUCCCGUGCGGCCACGCGUUCGCUUGCGCACACCCGCAGCCGUCACAUUGCGAUUGGUCAAUCCAACUUCUCCUUACACUCCUUCUUCUUUAUUGGCUUGGUGGGUGACCGGACUGACAGAGCACAGCCAACGCCACCCUGAUCGUCAAUCAAGUCGUAUAACGACCAGAAUAUCCUCAGCUCUUGCGUCUCUGGCAAGGGCCUUCACUAUGGUGGCAGUAUCCAGACGACAAACGCAGGCAAUUUCCGUCUGCGCUCGGUCAUCAUAGAUUUGAAUUUGCCGCAACUCCUCCUCGAGUGGCCUCGUUCAAUGAUCAGUUGAGCGCAGGCUGAAUCGUUGACAAAUAAUAAAGACAAACACUCAGAAGUAAUGGGCACCAGUAGGAAAACCAAACCUUAGGACGGUGUCAUUAAUACCGAUAGGUACAUAUGCAUAUCCGCAGCUGACUGCCUUCGACGAGACCUAGUUUGUGAUAAACUCCCAGUUGCCAUCAGAGGUCAGGCUAACAAAAAUAUCGCUCCCCGUUUCUAGGUCAUUUCUGCCCUAUAGCGUUGUUUAAGUUGAUAUUAGCUUUCGCCACUCGGUAUGAGCCCUCGGUACGCCAAAAGCUCGGUCAGUUUUAGAUGCAUUUCCUCCCACUCAUACAGAAAGACUUUGGUCCUUACAUGGUAUACUGCAAGGGCAAAGAAAGGAAAGCCGGUCCUCACUUUUUAGGUGCUUUCAUAAAUCACAGGAAUACAAGGAGUAGACGUUUGCCUCAGAAGUGUAGAGUACAGUCAUGAGGAGGCACCGUCUAUGGAUGGCAAACCGACCCAUAGUUCGGGCAAUUCACGAUGGGUUGUAACAUAACAAUAAACUUUGAUCGAACAAAUAUGAUCAGAUGUAAUUGAGGUAAAGGUGCUGGUACUGAUUACUGACAUGUCCUGGCUCAGUCUUCAGGAUGAUACUGUCUCCACCAGCCCACUCUGUAAAAGGAGAACAUGAUUAUGGUUAUGCAGUCGCGCCCGAUGGACACGAUAAUGUUAGUGGCUAGGGUUAGGGAUCAAGGUUAAGGGGUGAGAGUUAGCGGUUAGGGCAACCAUUGCUCCACCACUCGAAGUACAAUCGCGCAUUCUCAAUAGCUUUGCUUUUGCAUACAAUUACCUGACCUCGUCGUCUGUGCGUUCCCCGGCCCCGCCUGUAAAAACACCUAUUACCGCCGGUCCCGUAUUACAGGUAGCUGGUGUUUGUUUGACUCAGGUGGGGCUACAUAACCACAUCUGACCAACAUGACACCCAAUGGCUUUCUGCGAGAGUAACUUGAGGAGUGGGUGGUACUCAAGGUUCGGGGAGCCCAAUCACUUACAACUUCACCCAGUUCCGUUGAUUCUUCGAGCACAGCACAGAAACAGCUGGCCGAGGCAUGGUUCGGCGAAUUUCAAAAAAGGGUCUAUGACGUGAUUUCGGCAUGCGAUCGGCGGGAGGGCUGGGAAGAGGGAGUAAAUCUGUAAGUAAUCCUGCCUUCUUAGGGCAGAAAUCGGUAAGCGUAUGCUUUUAUUCCUUGCAUUUUCAUUUAGUCUCUAUGCUCAGUUUAGCACCUGCUGCAACUAAUUCUUCAACGGUGAGUGACGAAGGAUCAAGGAUAGCCGUGGAACCAACCCCUCAGCCUGCAUCUGUAACACUGGCUGUGCUGCACGCUGUAGUUCGGUGUACCGUGUAUUUUGAUGCCUCUAUGACAACGCCACAGACAACAUCUUCGUCUGCAUCCCACCCACCAGAUAGAGCACGCAUCCGGAGCAAGGAAUUCUCCCUAAGAGUCAGCCUGAACUUUGAAGGAACAGUGAAACCAUGGACACGACCUUCGCGCUCGCCAAAUGCAGGAGAGGUGACAGGGAGUGCGGGUGGUGGGUCCGACGAAAGCCCUCGGCACAGUGAAUCGCGAUGCUGAAAAGUGAGGGUCUGGAAUGAUUCACACAAAUGGCAGAACAGUUACACGCGCGGGUGAUGGCGAACGUCAUGGACAGUCCUUGAAGCAUUCACGGUGAUAAAUUGGUGAACCAGGGCUGCAUAUCCGCUCCCAGCUGGACGGGUUGAUCUGCAGACGUUUCAGGGAAGUCUUCAGAGUGUCCUUGUAUCCACAGACUCGGCCUCCUUGGCGGCGGGAACCCAUGGCAACAUCUCAUGGAAGAGUCAUUUGAGCAGCCUCUCGUCGUCCAUCCGUACGAGGUAGCAGACCCAGCGUAGUUGCAGUUGUCUCAGCAUGGCGUAGACGCUGAGGAUUCUUGUCCUUUUCAGUACAUCUGUGUCCGGGGUUUGGUUCCACCGUCUCAGCUUCAAUGCCUAUCGAGGACAGCUGAGGUGGAAGUGAUUGAGUCUUCGCGCCUGCUUCUUGUAGAUCGUCCAGGUCUCCGCUCCAUACAGCAGGGUCGCAGAAUGACUGCCCUACACAUCUUGAGCUGGGUGUUGAGACGGAGGCCGUGACGGUUCCAGACGGUCUUCUGCAGACGGCCGAAGGCUUAGCUGGCUUUGGAAAUCCGAUGAGCCACUUCAUCGUCGACUUUGGUGUUACGGGAGAGCGUGCUGUCCCAGGUAGGUGAAGUUUUCCACGACUUGCAGUUGGACGCCGUUCACGUUGCUUUGAGGUGCGACGUAGACAGCGUCGGGUGGCGGUUGAUGCAUGACCACCGUCUUCUCCGUGUUCAUGAUCAGGCCAAAGUUGUCGCAGGAGGCGAAGAAGAGAUCCAUGCUUCUUUGCAUGUCCCCUUUCGAGGUGGUGUUGAGGACGCAGUCGUCAGCGAAGAGAAGUUCAUGAACGGCAGUUGUGGAUACAUGCGACUUGAACUGGAUCCCCCGGUGGUUGAGAAGGUGGCCGUCCGUCCUUUAAGCGACGCGGAUCCCGGGGCGUUCGUCACGGCAGGCGUCCAUCAGCAUGGCAGAGAACAUGAGACUGAAAACGCAGCCCUGCUUCACUCCGUUGGUCGCUGUGAAUGCCUCUGA